UUCUUCUUCUUCUUAUCAUCAAAGAUUUCUUCGUUUUUCAUGAUGGGUGAUUCUUCAGUCAGUUGUGGUGACAAUGGUCACAAUCUCCUGUUUUCUUCUUCUUCUUCUGAUGUUGGAAGCAGAAACAGUCAUUAUUCAUCAAAGAUUUCUUCGUUUUUCAUAAUGGGUGAUUCUUCAUUCAGUUGUGGUGAUGGUGGUCACAAUCCCUUCUACUCUCUUCUCCGCCCAAAUACUUCUUUAUUUCCUUGUAAUGGACCUCCGACACGCCUUUUGCCUGAUUUUCUUGGCAAACCUCUCUCUCUCUCUCUCUCUCUCUCUCUCUCUCUCUCUCUCUCUCUCUCUCUGUUUCUUUAAGUCUUAUCUUGAUUCUUCUUGUAAACCUUGAAAUAAUUUCAAGAAAUGUUAUUUAACGAAAUCUUUAUUGGUGAUAAAAUGUGGUUCUUGACUGAAAAAUGAAAACCCUUUACUUUUUUGGGGAGAACAAUCUAAACCCAGUUUUUGAUGCAAGAAACCCUUCAGAAUUUAGAUCACCUUUUUAAUCUGAAUACCCUUAUCUCUAAACACCCAUAAAAUUCUUUUACCUUUGAUUAUUGUUUGUGUUCUUCAUCUAUUUUUUGUAUCUGUAUGUACUCACUCCUUUGGUCAUCACUUGAUUUCUCAAUUCCAAGAUGAUGAGAAGUUAGUUUGACAAAAUGCAUAACAUCGGCCAAAUCAAGAGUGUGCUCAACAAUUUUGUUUUUGUUUCUUGUGCAGCUGAGAAGAUGGGUUUGCUGAGGAUUCCAGCAUUUCAUGCUGAUAAUGGAACUAUUGAAGGGCUAGAAAAUGGUAUAAACUUUGGGUCAACACAAGCGACAAUCUUGAGCUCGCGCAGGCUAGGCUUCCAGGCAUUGAACCAACAGCUAUGCCAGGCAUAUGAGACACUUCAAUUGUUGCAGCUGCAGUUGGGACAGGACAAAGCUCGAGAAGUUAUAGAGUCAUCCGUGUUCUAUCUUUCUUUGGGCAAAGACGACUACAUUAAUUUCUUACACCCAGAUUCUUCUGGUGCUAGGUACAGAUUUAGUAAAGAAGUGUUCACACAGAUUCUAGUCAACCGGAUGAUCCGGGUUGUCAAGGACCUUUACAAUGCAAAUGUGAAGAAGAUUGUAUGCAUGGGAAUUGAUCCUCUUGGAUGUGUAUGGGAGUCCUCUCGUGAUAAUGAUAGUCAUCAUCCUAGUCACACAUCAUCAAAUUCUGGCGCUGGCAGUGGUUGGCAAGACUGUAUGGAAGAUGUCAAUGACUUUGUUCUAGAAUAUAAUUUGUUGUUGUCAGAUGCUCGGAUAAUUCUGGACCUAAAUUUUGAGUUUCCUGAUGCUCGGAUAAUCUUCUGCGACGUGUACCAAGCUAUGAUGGAUAUCAUUUCAUUCCCUAGACGCUAGGCUGAGAAGAUGGGUUUGCCAAGGAUUCCAGCAUUUCAUGCUGAUAAUGGAACUAUUGAAGGGCUAGAAAAUGGUAUAAACUUUGGGUCAACACAAGCAACAAUCUUGAGCUCAGGCAGGCAAGGCUUCCAGGGAUUGAACCAACAGCUACGCCAGGCAUAUGAGACACUUCAGUUGUUGCAGCUGCAGUUGGGACAGGACAAAGCUCAGGAAGUUAUAGAGUCAUCUGUGUUCUAUCUUUCUUUGGGCAAAGACGACUACAUUAAUUUCUUACACCCAGAUUCUUCUGGUGUCAGGCACAGAUUCAGUAAAGAAGUGUUCACACAGAUUCUAGUCAACCAGAUGAUCCGGGUUGUCAAGGACCUUUACAAUGAAAAUGUGAAGAAGAUUGUAUGCAUGGGAAUUGGUCCUCUUGGAUGUGCUGCACCUCGCGCCUUAUGGGAGUCCUCUCGUGAUAAUGAUAGUCAUCAUCCUAGUCUCACGUCAUCAAAUUCUGGCACUGGCAGUGGUUGGCAAGUCUGUAUGGAAGAUGUCAAUGACCUUGUUCUAGAAUAUAAUGCAUUGUUGUCAGAGCGGCUUCUGGACCUAAAUUUUGAGUUACCUGAUGCUCAUAUAAUCUUCUGCGACGUGUACCAAGCUAUGAUGGAUAUCAUUUCAUUCCCUAGACGCUACGGAUUCGAGAAUGUAAAUAGGUCGUGUUAUGGAAGUGGUAGAUAUGGUGGUAUGGUAGGGUGCCAAGCUAUUGAGAUGGCCUGCGACGAGCCAUUGACCCGUCUGGUGGGACUUCCACAGCCCUACACAAGCUGUGCACUCAUUGCUUGCUGAGUCUGCUUGGAGCAGUAAGGCAUUGGAUAUUUGCAGACCAAUCAGCAUUGAACGACUCUCAGUUUCGUACUCAGUGUAAAAACUACAUCAUUGUACUUUCUACAAGGGCUGAACCAUUGAAUUUUACUAGGCCUCACGUUUCUCUAGUGGUUUAAGGUUCUUGAACCUGAGUUACUUUUCUUUUUCAUUUACAUUUUUUUUUGUUGGCAAUUAUUGUCCUGUAAAGUUGGUCAAUGUAAAUCCAUUGUCCUGUAAAGUUGAUCAAUGUAAAUCCAAAUGUGGUAUAAAAUCGAAAUUUUGCA